AUGCAUCACAAAGCCUUGGCUGAUAAGUUAUUGUCAUGCAUAGCUCAUGAGCGGAAAGAGGAUGUGGAGUUGACAUCCGCAUUAUUGCAGGAAUUGCCGUUAAAUAAACUGGUUUCUGCUGGAUUAGCGAUAAAGAACCUGCAGCUUGAGAGUAUUAGGACCGGUUUAGGAGGUAAGGUUUAUUUAACAUUUAUUUCUGAUGCGACCUUUGAUACGGAGAUUUCAAGAGGUGAUGCUAGUGUUGGUGAUAUAGUGAAGAUUUAUGUAUCUAAGACCAAGUCUAAGGACGAAGCUGUGCUAGAGGGUGUGGUAUUCAAGUGCACUGAUAAGCAGAUUGUGGUUUCUAUUGAGGAGGCUGAAGAGAAGAAUGCUCCUAUACUCUAUUCUGCGAAUAAGAUCCAUAUGAUUAAGACUCUUAAUACCAUUACCUACAACCGCAUGGAAUCGACAAUGAGGAAGUUGGCAGAGUUUAGUGACACACCAAGCAACCCUAUAAUGCAAUAUUUACUUUGUGAAAGGCAAUUUGUUGCACAUAAUGAUCGCUUAGAUAUUAAAUUCUACAACGAGUCCUUGAACGAUUCGCAGAAAGAGGCCAUCAAGUUUGCCGUCCAAAAUGAAAUAUCUAUCAUCCAUGGUCCCCCUGGUACAGGUAAGACACACACACUUGUGGAGUUGAUAAAGUUACUGUACGAAAAAGGAGAGCGGAUUCUGAUUUGUGGUCCAUCCAACAUUUCAGUGGAUACAAUUUUAGAGAGACUAUCAAAAGUUGUUCCAGGUAACGAUUUAUUACGUAUUGGUCACCCAGCUAGACUGCUUUCAAGUACUUUAGACCACUCGCUUGAUAUACUUUCGAAAACAGGUGACGGGGGUGCAAUAAUAAAGGAUAUUAGAAAUGAAAUCAACCAAACCAUCUUGCAAAUGAAGAAGAUAAAAUCUUCAAGAGAUAGGAAGAAAGCCUGGCAAGAAAUUUCAACCCUAAGGAAGGAAUUGAGGCAGAAAGAGCGCAAGAUUAUUAAAGAUCUAAUCAUUUCAGCUAAAAUUAUUGUUUGUACGUUACACGGAUCAAGUUCCUACAAUCUAUGCAAUAUCUAUGAAAAUAUUCCUAAACUCUUCGAUACUUUAAUAAUUGAUGAGGUAUCACAAAGCCUUGAAGCGCAAUGUUGGAUACCUUUAAUAUCUCACGGCCAAUCUAAUAUAUCGAAGUUGGUGGUAGCUGGAGACAACAAGCAGCUACCUCCUACUAUCAAAACCGAAAAUGAUGAACGAGUAAAACAGGUUUUAAGCACAACAAUCUUCGACAAACUGGAAAAAAAAUAUGGUGACAAAUUCAAGAAGCUGCUUAAUGUUCAAUAUAGAAUGAAUGAGAAAAUUAUGGAGUUCUCCUCUAACGAACUUUACGGGGGAAAGCUUAUUGCAGCUGAGAGCGUUGCGAACCAAACCUUAGCGGAUCUUCCUGGAGUUGAGGUUAAUGAUGAAACAACUCCCCCAUUAAUUUGGUACGAUACACAGGGAGACGAUUUUCCGGAACGGUCUGAGGACGAAAUUAAUGAACUAAAUAUUGCAUCUUCCAAAUUUAACGAAAAUGAAGCAUACUUAGUAUUUCAUCAUAUAUCAUUGCUAAUUAACAGUAAUAUUCCACAGGAAGCAAUAGGUGUAAUUUCACCUUAUAACGCACAAGUAACAUUGAUCAAGAAGUUGGUUCAUGCGAAAUACUCAAUGGUCGAAGUAUCGUCUGUAGAUGGAUUUCAAGGCAGGGAAAAGGAAUGUAUUAUUCUAUCGCUGGUUAGAAGCAACGACCGAUUCGAAGUUGGUUUCCUCAAAGAUGAGAGACGUCUGAAUGUUGCUAUGACCAGGCCUAAGAAACAGCUUUGCAUAAUUGGAAACAUGGAAACUUUAGAACGUAGUAAGAUACCAUACCUAUGUAAAUGGGUAAAAUGGUCUGAAGAAAAUAGCGAGGUAAGGUAUCCGGACCUAAGUGACAUGCUAUGCUAA